GUUUGGCACUCUGUCCCUCGACCACCUUUGGUCUUGUUUAUUCGGCGCCGCCGUGUGUGUUGCCAUCUUGUCCAUACACAGCAACGCAAAGAUGGAACACCAAGGCGACCCGAACAUCUCUCUACCCACUCCCAUCUCGCCAACAGGGAGCAGCAAUGGUCCAGCAACAGCAUCGCGCGCAUCUUCUGUAGUCGUCGACCCUACCAUCUAUCCCGGAGGCUCUCGCUCUCUCGCGUCGAUUUCUCUUCACGCCUUCUGUUUGGGCAUAAGUCUCUCGACCGGCUUGUUCGGCACCAUCUACCUCGUCUACUCCGGCCAGCGCAUCUGGCGACUCACAGAGUUCAUUGCGACAUUGUCACUCUUCCACUUCCUCGAGUUCUUCACCACCGCCCGCUGGAAUACUUACAAUGCCAAAGUCUCCAGCUACCUCCUCCUCUCAAACGGUGCCGCCUACCUCACCGCCCACGUCUCCGCCAUCAUCGAAAUCAUCGUCACCUCCCUCUUCUUCCCCGAGUUGCAAGAUCUCUACAGCAAUAAAUACACAAUUGGCUUGGGCUUGUUGUUGGUAAUCGGAGGACAAACUGUCCGCAGUAUCGCCAUGGCACAGGCGGGUGUCAGUUUCAACCACAUCCCUGCAAAGAGCAAGAAGAAUGAUCAUGUGCUGGUGACUUGGGGCUUAUACUCUUACUUCCGCCAUCCCAGCUACUUUGGAUACUUCUUCUUUGCCAUCGGCACGCAGAUUUUGGUUGGAAAUAAGAUUUGCAGUUUUGCUUAUUUGGUUGUUUUGUGGUUCUUCUUCAAGGACAGGAUUCAGAACGAGGAGGAAGAUUUGGUCAAGUUCUUUGGUGCUGAUUAUCAACGUUACCGUGAGAGGGUCGGUACUGGUAUACCUUUCAUCCGAUAGAUUCCUUUUAUACACAUUCUGCUUUCUUGACACGUCC